CGUUUUGCAGAAAAAAUAGGAGGGCAAAGACCACGACUAAGUUGCAAACUAGWAUGGCGGCACCACUAUUUUUGGUCCUGUACCUACGAAGAGCAGAUACAUCACAUUCACAAAUGCCGUACGGUACGAGCWGGAACCUUCGAUGAAGAAAAUGAACAACCAAAUCAUCUCACAAAAUAAUCACAUCGCAACACCAUUACAAGAACAGAACAAGAGCAGCACGACUGCAGUUUCAAUAAGCAAUAAAAUGACCGACGAUGCUUCUUGCACAACGAAAGCAACAGCAACGGACAAGUCACAAUCUAUCCAUGGAAAUAAAUACAUGAAGCGAAUACGAAGACGAAUUUCAAUAGCACGAAGGAGAAUGCAAGAUUUUCGAUUUGUUAUCGAAUACUAAAUAACAAACUGUUGAACGARAUGUCUAGAUGUAAUGGUUGGUCGUCUCGUGGCAUUGCAUGUCGGUAGAUUGCAGAUUUUMGAUUUUCGAUUCGUUGUCACAUACGAAAUUCUAUUCGGUUGAAUGGAAUCUGAUAUCAGCUWACGGUCGGAUUUGUURCAAUUGAUACACAUAGCAGUAGAUAGAAAACAAAGCCGUCAGGCAAAUUUUGGAUAAUAAAUAUAUACAAACAAA